UUAACUAGCAACGCGAAGAGCUACAUUAGGCUGUUUUAUUAUGCAUGCCCGGACGUGCAUGCACUUCUAAAUGUUUAAUUCUCCCCUAAUUCCGUCACAUUAAGAUGGAACAAUGUAGGUUUGUCAACGGUACGAUAAUGUUUCUAUUCGUAGUCAUUGACUUGAUUAAUUUCAGACAAGGUGGCUACCUCAUACCAAGCUAAAAAGGAUAUCAUGUUUGGUUUCCGACUUCUCGAGCUUCGAAUGGCUUUCACACGCCCCUGACUUGAGGCGUCGUUUCUUAGCAACCGUACGCGGACGGGGAGACCAGAGCAGGAGACAUCGUUGUGGUUAUUUAUUUGUUUAUUUGUUUUUAUUUUUAAACUUUAUUUUCGCUUUCAGUUAAAUUGACGAUCUAUCAAAAAUAUUGCGUUAAAGCUAGAAAUGGAAAUAUCGCAGGCUAAAACAAAACCAACCUCAACACUGUCAGUUUUUAGUUACAUCCCACCAAGAAGAACUGAUCCAAAGGAGCUGACGUACUUCAAUUGUGACUCAAAGGCUCGGGAGAUGUUCAUGUACGACUGCAUACUCCGGCGUUCCGAGGGCUACGAUAAUAAGCUGCACAGGGAUGACAGAGAACAUGCCAAUGGCAGGGGACUGGAAAUCCACGGGGAGGAGCUAUCGAGACCCAUACCCAUUCUGUCAUCUUCAGAAUAUGGGAGGCGUCCACCACCACUGAUAUACCAGCCAGAUCGGCAGUUUGUCCGUGUUGCACACGUGCGCUCGGAAUUCUUCCGGAAAAAUGGAAUUACACAGAAUGUCGCAGAGGGGUAUGGAUCUGUCUCUCCUGUCUGAGACUUGUCUGAGAGAAACUUCUGCUGAUAUUUGCUCAUGCACACACACACGCACACGCACACACACACACACACACGCACACACGCACACACACACACGCACACACACGCACACGCCACACACAGUCAUACACACACACACACACGCACACACACGCACACAUGCACACACGCACCCAGACACUGCACACACACACUUUCUCUGAAUACAAUCAUUAACAUAAUUAUGUAAAGUUAUAUCAGUCUUCCAUUACAUAUAUAGCUGUUGUUGACGUUAAAGGCGGGUUUGCGAAUUUAAUUUACUUCUUUUUUGCUUGCAGUGUUCGCUGCUCACUUCCAUUAAACCUAAUUGGAGUGUGGCUUAGAGAGGUUUUCCUUUAUGUAAAUUUUUUUCUCAGUGUGUUUGUUGGUUUGUUUUGCCUAAAGCAAUCCUCUAAUACACUGAGUUUUGAUUUGAUUACCAUAGCUUAAAGUGAUGUUUUGAGUUCAGUGUUUAUCACAUUUCUUGUAAUUGCAGAAAUACUGGAAAAUAGCUCUGAGAAACAAAUAUACAAUGGGGGAAAACAAUAUGCCUGUCCGAUUGUCACAUGUGAAUGCAAGAACUAUGUAAGACCAUUAUGUUUUUCAUUUUUACAGUAGAUGUUGGUAGUGUUGUUGUUUGGUGGAGCUGCUAUUGAAUUUGGCCUCAGGGCAUCAUUAUUUUUAGGUUAACAUAUGCAAGAUCUUAUAUAUUAAAAAACAAAAUAAGUAAUGAAAUAUAUCCAUACAUAUGUGUCCUUCUAAUAUUUUAUUCUGGUACUUGCGUAUAAAGUUAUAAUCAUAUUAUUGAGUUUACCAUCUAUUUCCACGUUCUUUAUGCCAAUACCUGAUAUCUAUAACUUUAUUCUUAGUUAAUCUAUCAAGCCCAUCCAUUCCACAGCAGGCAAUGCAUUUUAUAUCUCAAGAAGGCAAGGAAUGUCAUAUGUACAAACUUUUAAUGAAUAGGCUUUACAAAACAAUGUCAUUAAAACAUCAAAACAC